UGUCUAUCCAUGGCGCCCGUGUGCCUGAUUACUCGGUUUUUUAUUUUUAUUUUUAUUUUAUUUAUUUAUUUAUUUAUUUAAAUUUUUGCUCAGUUUGAUCAGGGGACCCUUCGUUUGUUGAAGAGUUUCAAGAACGGACAAUGUUAUCAUGCCGACGUUGAUGAUGCCGUUAGUUUCAAAACACCAGAUGAUUAGUGACAUCAUGUCAUGGGAGGAAGGGGGAGCGUUUCGAAACGUGCUCAUGGCUCAUCUGAGGAGAGAAACCAAGACGCGCUCACGAUGGAGUAGAGUCGGUUAUGCUUGGGCAAAGUUGGGGAGGAAGGAUGGCACGGGCGGGCGGUUGGCAAUAAGAUCCAAGACCUGUCGUCGCGUGCCAACAUUUUAAACUAUACCAGGUUAAGGCUUCAGGGUGGGUGUUUGACAUUCAUAGGGCAUUUAUUCUCGAACUUGUUCUCCAUAUGUAAAGUUGACUGACGAACAGUUUGGCUGAGUUGAAUCAUAUCAUUCAUGCAUGUAUGUCCGGUUAUUUGUACAAACCAUAUAUAAGGAAAAGCAAAGGGGAUAUGUAAGAAAAUGGUCUAAAGAAGGGAAACCCGAAAAUUGCCUCCUCCACCUAUGAAUCGAACCCUCGGUCAUGUGUUAUCAUCCAUGUUCCCUUCCUCAGCUCAAAAUCUCCCCACCACUAGCCGACCCUUUAGGUACAAUAGGAAUCAAUGAUGGCCAAGCCAAUGAUUUCCGCCGCAAGUUUCUGCAGCUUCUUGUAAUAGUUCUUCUUCUUCCGGCUUCCCUUUCCGCGGCUAAGUAGUAGCUUUGCAGCGUUCUUGUAACCACCAACCUCGUCAAUGGUCUCCUUGAGCUUCUUUAGUUUCCUCAACUUGCCCAGCUUAGCUAUGACGGCGUAGUUCUCAACGAUAAAGUAGGCAAUAGCACCAGCGCACUUGGUGACACUCCAUACAUCAUCCCACCAACGGGCGGUAAUCGCUUUCGAGUGGCCCUUAUGUUUCUUCAACCACUUCUCCGUCGCAUCGGAGCCCUGUUCAAGCACAUUAUCCGGGAUUUCGCUCAUGAGCCUGAAUGCCUCUUCGAGUUCUUGGGGGCUUAGUUGCUUGAGGUCAUACUCGUCAAUGUCGCCAUCGUCGUCGAUGUCAAAAUCGUACUUGGAGUCUCUGCCGGGCUCCGGUUCGGGAUCACGCUUGACAACGUUCUUGGUUGAGCCGAGAUUGUUGCCAUUGAAUUCGGGGAAGGUACCGAUUGUGGCAGCGUUACACCUGAGAACAGAUGAAUCACCGUGGGGAGGAGGUAGGGGAUGAGGUGAGGCAGCAUUUUCGGCUGAGUAGGCUUUUGUGCCUUUAAUGCAAUUUAGGAGUGGAAGUACUGUGUAUGUGGUACAAGGUAGGAGAUCAGAAAGGUGUUUGCCUCUUGAAGCGGGAAGGGCGAUCGCUUCUUGAUCAGCUAGGUGACUUGUCUUCUAGCUGCUGCUUCUGAUGAAAAGAUAGAGCUUUCGAGGGUGAAAGAAGCAUCCUUAUAUAGCUUUUCUCGCGAUAUUGGAGCAGAGAGUGUAGUUCUCUUCGCACCUUCUUCCCGUCCCCUGAAUUGUGAUAUCCAAAGCAGAUACGAGACUCUGCCUCAAACUAAUCCCAACUCCAAUUCCAUCUCAUGAAGCUAUUCGUGACGACAUAUAGAGGUAUCGUAUUGACCCCAUUUCUUUGCAAGGUGGACCAAUCUCCACUAAAGAAGUAGAAAUGAAAUCUCCACAACAUUCAAGAAAAAACAAAAAACAAAAAGGAAAAAAGAAAAACAAAAAUGAGAGACAUUACUCUUGAAAGUCAAAAGCAAGAAUUAACAGCGCAGCACUGCCUCGAUUAUGCAGUUCGCGUCCAUCAUAAAACAUCAUUUUUGGUGCCUGUCCCUGGACGCCGAGAAGUUGAACGGGGCUAUACUUCCAAGAUGCUCCCAUUGUUCGAUGUUCUUGAAGCAGGAAAGCUGCACCUGGCGAUGAUCGCUCUCGAUCGGGGCUCGUAUCUUGCUCAAAGAAGUAACGAUUAUCUUAAGGACAGCACCAAAAAGGGGGAUGGCCAAGGUUUUAUACGAUGGCCAGUCUUCGCGAUCGCCAAGUUCCUGCCGCUUUCGGAACAACUGAGCUUGACAAAAGCUCGAUUGGUUUGGCGGGAAGUGUUCAUGCAUGAAACAGCGUGCUAAGCGGCGCCUGCUGCCCGUAAUGUGGGGGGAUGGGAUGGAGCAUGGCACUCACUCCCCCACGAUCGCCUAUCCAAGCCACCUGGACUAACCCGAUGUGGUAGCUGACAGCAUGAUCUUGCAUCCAAGUCGAAGUUUGCAACGCGAAAAGUGGAAAAUGUAGAUAAAAAUAAGUCAGUGUAAAAUAGUAUGGCUGUCAUUUGUCAAGAAUGAUUUGAUCUUCGUUGUGUGUUCAAGCUCAUGGUGGAAUCUGUCAAUGCUCA